ACGAAAUAGUUAUAAUUUGGAUCAACCCGGUGUGACACAGGCACGAAUAAGCGAAUAUGAGCAACUUUUAUGAAGUUAAUUUAUGAUAGUCGUAAGACUCUCUACACGACUUUUGGGACCAUGUGUAUAACAUUACCACGACCAGAGUAGAUUGUUCCAAGGGGGCAGUUUGCACAUAUUUGACGUCGUAUCCCUCAAUAAACAUCAUGUUAACCGCAGAAAUGGAGUUACCCAUUAUGUGUGUUUGUUUAAGUUUGAUACAAUCCUGUCACUGAACACUAACAAAUAGUAAUGUGCAAGUAGCGAAGACUUUAUAAUCAAUACAUCAACCACCUACAGGCAUCUAGUGUGUGUGUGUGUGUGUGUGUGUGUGUGUGUGGUUCGCUUUGUUCUGAGCUUCAUUUCGAUGUGUGGUUACUCUUUGAAUGGAAAGUACUUAUUUUACGGGGAGGUGUGUAUCUGUUUAUACCAUGUGGACUGCCAUGGAAUCUGCACUUGGGAGAGCCCUUUUUGGUGGACUGAUUGUUUCCAGAAAGGAAGGCUGCGUUUAUGAGAAAAAGGAGAAGGAAAAUGAGAAUGUGAUAGUUUGGGAAAGGAACGGGAAGAGAGAUAAGAACACGGGCGACAGAGGAGGAGGCAGGGGGGUGUUAAGGAGGUGGAAGGCAGCACACACUAUAAGAGGGAGUCUCAGCUAAAGAUAGUCAGAGAAAGAUUGUGCACCCAAGAAAAGACAGACGCUAUGGAUACCGGACGAAAAUUCACCCAGGCCAUUCUACUGGUCGCCCUUCUCACCACGCCUGCAUAUUGCGUGGAUUGCGUGUGGGACAAGGACAGUGACUUCCCUCAGUACCAGCCGCUCAUCCUCGCCAGCAAUUACGACUUAGUGCUUCCAGUGCUGGAGGGAGAGAACAGGAUAGUAAGGGUGGCGGAAGGGGAAACGGUGACUCUUGCGUGCCCUGGCAAUGUCCUGACGAAUAUUGGACAGGUGGAGGCGCAAGGUCGCUGCCUCAACAGUGGCCUGCUUGAAGUCGCUGGCUCCGAGUGGGACAUGGCGAGCUUGGGCUGUGACGAUGAUGUAGAGGAAUCAAUUAUACGAAACCUUGGAACCUGCGGCUCCUCCGGCGUCGGGGAUCUGCACGUCAUUGGCUUCGAGUUUACUACUCUCAGCUAUGUCAAAGCGAUCAUUGAGGUGUGCUUCGAUCCUGUCUCCGAGACAACUCUCUACACCAGGAAUGUCCUCCACGGCGCCAGCAUCGCCGCCAAGGACAUAGAAACGUCGAGGCCAUCCUUCAAGUCCUCCACAGGGUUCUUCAGCGUGUCCAUGAGCACCGUGUACACGCAGGCUUCCCAGCUCGAACUCAUGAUCAGUCUUCUUGGUGAUGAGGACCUUGCCAACACAAUCAUUGACCCCGACAGUCAGCUCUACUUCGCCAGGGGCCACAUGUCUCCUGACGCCGACUUCGUGAUAGUGCCAAACCAGGAUGCCACCUACUACUACAUCAAUGCCGUGCCGCAGUGGCAGGCCUUCAACAACGGCAACUGGAAGUACUUGGAAUAUGCCACUCGGGAUCUGGCUGAGAAGAAGGGGAGGGACCUGGUGGUGUACAGCGGGGGUUGGGACGUGCUGGAGCUCGACGACAUCAAUGGUAACCCCGUGAAAGUGUUCCUGGGACUGACGGAGGGCAAGGAAGUAGUGCCUGCGCCAGCUGUCACGUGGAAGGUAGUGCACGACCAGUCCGCCGCUUUCACAGUUCCUUAUGAUGGGUCAAGAAGCCUCCAAACAAAUACCAGACUUCUAAAAUUCCUUGUAUACUAUUUUAUGUUCAGAUUUAAGUUAGGAAAUUAAGGCAGCGCACCGUACGGGAAAUCUGUGUAGGCUAUCUGACGUUGUAGCGGACACCGAACCAUAAUGAAGUGUAGAAGACUGUAGUAUUUUGUUCGGGCGAUUACAAAGUCACUGUGUUGGACUCUGAAACUGGCGCUUAGUAUUUGGUUUUCUGGUCUUCUUCUUUGACCUGUAACGCUUUGUAUCGCUUCUUAGGUAGGGCUAUAGAAAUCAGCUGACGUGCGCAAUGCAGCUGUCAAAUGUCAAACAGAAUCAGCUGUCAACCCACGGCGGGGCGGGGCGAGGCAGGGCGGACAUCAUGAGGCCGCCGGUGAGUUUUGAAGUAACACUGUUUGGUUGUAUUUGUGUUAUUUAGAUAAUUUUUGCCAGUCAUCGCCCUCCUCCCGCUAUCAAGUGUUGUGCUGGGGUAGGUCAGGGAGGCAUGAUGGCGUAGUGGUUCAAACAGCUCCAUGUGUUGAAGGCCCGCACUUCCUACACGUGUUUUUACCCUCAAGUUCACAAGACCUAUAUAGCAAACAGCAAUAUACUUUUCUAGGGACUUUUAUCUUCAGUUUUCAAUGCCACAAUUUGAUCCACAUAUCCCCUUUCUUUUUGUAAAUUCCUUUGUUUAUUGUCUGCACUUUUAUCUGUUAUUUUCAUUAUCCUGUCAUUUAAAAGCCUUCCCCACACUUUUUCUGGCACACUUUAGUAAGCUUAUUCCCUUAUAAGUUUUAGUCAUUCCUUUCCUUUUCCUUUUCAUCUUAUUUCUACUGGCAGUUUUCUCUGUAACGUUUUCAUGUAGGAACUCUUUUUCUCCUUAUCUCUUUAUUUUCAUCUGUCCACUAUGCAUGCUCUCUCUUUCCUCUUCCACACACCCUUUAUCUAAAUACUUCCUCAGUUGGUCUAGCCACUGGACACUUAAAAGUUUCAAACAGAUCACCCCCUCCAGUUUGUUCUAUUCAUACUCCUGGUUUUCCAAGAGUUUCUUUCACUUUCCUUCUACAUACUUGCACAUAGCCACUGUCACACAACCUCGCACUUGGUAGUUCCUCCCUCUCACUUAUCUUCUUACCAUUUUCUUUAUAUCUCCCAUUUCUCUCAACCUUAUUAUUACUACUACCACAAAAUGGUCAGAACUAUAAUAGUCAUACUCUCUGUAGGUUUGAUACAUCCUGCUUGAAUUAUCUAUAGCUACAUUACCCUAACAAGCUCCUCUCAUUCCCUUUUUUCAUGUAUACCUGUGGAUUAAAUUGUGCUGAAAGGUUUUUGACAGGAACAGACUCUUCUCUGCACAUAUAUCCACAAGGUAUGGCCCAUUCUCAUCCACUCCAUUAAUACACCACUUCCCUACCACCCUACUAUUCUCCCCAUCUCCAUCCUUCACAUUGAUAUCUCCUCACACAAAUACUUUUCUUUAUUUCCCAAAG